UGUUAAUUAUGAACGGAUAACUGAAAAGUCUAUACGGAGUGCGCGCGAUAGUAAUGCAAUAUUAAAAGGCACGGGGUGGAAACGACAAUAAUCAAUACCGUACAAGUUGCGGGGCGGUCGUUCGUGUGUGUGUCAAUAUGUGUGCGUGUGCGCGCCCGUAGAGAAAUCGUAAUUUUUCUGAUGCCCGCGAUGAGAUAAUAAUAUUAUGUAUGCAUUAUUAUAAAACAAUAAUCCAACGAAGACACAGAAACCGACUGCGAUCUUUGUGUAAUACACACGCAUGUAUAUUGUACGCAAAAGCAAUGGCUGAUUCUGAGUUCGAAGAAUUCAGGCAAAUAUUCGAAUCGCUACCCCAACAUCUGCGGGCGUCUGCACAGACUUAUACUCUAGUCCACGAUGUAUUAUCAGACGAAGAGUCAACGACUGAAAGUAAAAUCAAUAAAAAUGUUGACAACAAUGCUUUUAAUGUGUUUUCUAUCUCAGACGACGAUCAAAAUGAGCUAAAGAACAAUCAAAUUGUACGUUUAAGACAUGAAAAAAAAAGAAGAAAAUUACCCGAAUUACCAAAAAAUAGAAGUGGUUCGGUGUUAAGCUUGGCUGAUGAAUUAGGAGAAGUAUUUUCAUCAGACAGAAGGAAAUCAUUCGUAUCGGGAGUGCGAGAUUUCGAAUGUCGAUCUCCAGACUCGGGUAUAUCAUUAGUUCAUUCACCCGAGAGAGCCAAAUCUAGUUCACCACAACAAAUUGACACUCCGACUCCAGCGUCUUCAUGUUCAUCAGGUCUUCCACUAUCUCAAUUAGAGCUAUUAGAGGCCACACAUAGAGGACUGUAUAAGUUCGUUCCUAGGCACCGUGACGAAAUGGAAGUGGAUAUUGGUGAUCCGAUUUACGUGCAAAAAGAAGCUGAAGACUGUUGGUGCGAAGGAGUUAAUUUGCGGACUGGUGCUCAAGGAGCGUUCCCGUCUGCGUACGCAGUAGACGUCGAAUAUACGGAUUUCGAUUCUGCGACACCCAAGGUGAAACGAGAACGGUUUCUUUUGGGGUACAUGGGUUCGGUGGAGACAAUGUGGCAUAAAGGCAAUUCCGUAUUAUGUCAAGCCAUACGUAAGAUAACCGAAAGGCCCAAUUGCAAACCACAAUCGUGCAUACUUGAGGUAUCGGACCAAGGACUUCGAAUGGUCGAUCGUGCUAAAUCUUCUACAACGCAGACUAGAGAUUCGAGUACAUCGUGCCAAGAUUAUUUUUACUCUUUAAAAAACGUAUCGUUUUGUGCGUUCUACCCGGAUGAUAACCGAUACAUGGGGUUCGUUACUAAACAUCCGACAUGUCAAAGGUUUGCAUGUCACGUAUUUAAAGCAAACGAAUCGUCGAGACCAGUGGCGGAAGCGAUCGGACGUGCUUUCCAAAGAUUCUAUCAGAAAUACAUAGAGACAGCAUAUCCAGUAGAAGACAUAUACAUCGAAUGAAUGGAAGAAAAUACCAUGGUCGUCGUGUAACGUUUAUUAAGAUACGUGCGGAUGACUCUGUGAUAUUUAUAGAUGGACAGAAUUGUUUGAAAAUUAAGAACGAUAAAAAUGAAUCCUCGUUAAAUAUUGUGGUGCAGCAGCGUUCUUAUGAAACAAGUUUAACAUGUGAUAACAUACCAAAUAUCUAAUGUAUUUCAUUUAAAACUAGAUCAGUAUUAUCUGUUUUGCUCCUUUUAAAUGUUCCCAAAUAUGACCACACUUAAUAUAUAGUCCCCACAACAAGUUCUAAAUAAUCUCAUUAGGAAUAAGGAUGAUAUAUUAUAUUGUACCUAAAUGAUUAUGAUAUUUUUAUCAAUUCAUUUGUUAAUAUUGAAUGUUUAAAUGGA